AUGGACUCCGCCGCCAAGCAAACACCUCAGAGCGCUUCCGGGCAAGCCACAACUUCUGAACCGCCUCAACGCAAUGACAAUUCCAAUCCUCAGCAAGGAACUGGACGCCCUGUUCCAACUGGUGAAGCAACUCUCAAUCUUUCUCGUCCAUCUAUGAAGAUCCCACCAACAAAAAAGGAUUCUCGAAAACUCUUUGUGGGUGGUCUUCCUUCCGACGUUACGGACGAAGAAUUUCGCACCUUCUUUGAACAGUUUGGGGAACUCAUCGAUAGCAUUGUCAUGUUUGAUCGCGAGACUCACCGCUCUCGUGGCUUCGGCUUCGUCACAUUUGAGGAUCCCGAAGUGUCUUCUCGCCUGUUGAUAAUGGGUAGUGAGGAUGAAACGGGAAAGGACCUUGGAUCUCGUACAGGCCGGCUACAGAUGCGAGACAAAGUGGUGGAGAUUAAAUCGGCGGAGCCCAAAGAUUCGACGAGCCGCCGCUUUGUAUCUCGUUCCGGGAGUCGCCAGAAAGCCUUUUGCAUGCCAAACUCGAUUCACGCACCUCUCGCUGUUGAUCCGUCUGUGAUGCACUUUGCCACUGGACCGUCUGACAAUCCCUACACCGCUUAUCACGUGGGCUAUUAUGGGCACUACCCCUACAUGGCUCCUGUUUCCUACCCGGGGUACGAAGGCUGCACGCAUCCAUAUGCGUAUGCUGCUGACAUGCCAGAUACCUAUUAUAUGCCAUAUAUGCAGAUGACUCCGGUCCCUUACUUACCCACUUCCUCUCACAACCUCUCGGGUGUGCAGUCCACCACUCCUCGCAUUCAGAUUCAGGAGGGCGAGGUGAUGUGCGCAACUGAUCCGCAGGCCGUUGAUCUCACUGCGUCUAAUUAA